AUGGCGUGUGCAAAGUCGUUGCUGAGCAGCCUGUGGAUAUGCGCAUUGUGCCUGCGGAUGCUAUGUGAAGCGACACAGGAGGGCUGUCCUGAAUCUCAAGGUUCGCUAUGGCUGCAGAAAGGUGUCGUCCGGUCAUCGGUUGUAGCCAAAGAUACAGUCAGCAACAAGGAUGAUGACGAUGAAGACGAGGAUGACGAUGAGGAGGAUUUGCCCUUGUUCGACAACUCACCGGGCCAAUCUGGAAACGGUAAACCCUUGAAGUCGUGUCAGGGCAGUUGCUCCGCAGACGAGGACUGUGAGGGAGAGCUGGUGUGCAUCCAACCGAAGUUCGUGGGCUGGGAUGGGAUUGUUCCCGGCUGCCGCUCCGAUGGCUUUCACAAGCCACUUUGGGCCUUCAAGUAUUGCGGGCCAACGCCACCGGAAGGAUGGCGCACUACCACCACAACGACUACCACACCAGAGCCAACACCACCACCGCCUGCAGCUCCAUCUGUAAUCACCAAUUGCCCAGGGGUUUGUGCCAGACUCAUGGCCUUUAAUGUGUAUUAUGCUCAGCUGGGCAAGGAAAGCCGUAUGGAGGGAAUUGCAUCCUCCAUUGCAGAGAUGACUCCUGACAUCGCAGUGAUUACCGAACAAUGGAGUGAGCAGCAACAGAUUCUUGAGAAGAUUCGACAGAAGACUUACCGCCACUACGAGUUUUGCAGAGGUGGUUCCCAAGAAAAGUGGUGGGAUGGGGACAUCCUCUAUCGAGCAGACUUGUUUGAGAGGGAGGAGGAUUCUGUUCUGGAUUGGGGAUCCAACAGAGGAUUGAGUUGGGCUGUGCUCCGGCACAAAGCUUCGGGAAGGCGCUUGCUGAUCUAUGGCGCUCAUCCAGUUUGCUGUGGCAAUGAGAACAUCCAUUUGCAGAACGCUGUAGAUUUUUCGACGCAUGCCGCGGAGAAGAUCAAUGACUAUCCAAAUGCUCCAAUCGUCAUCAUGGGUGACUUCAAUGCUUUGGAAGAUUGGAAAUCCACCAAACUCUACCUGGGUGAGGAGGUCCAUGAGAAUGGUAAGAACUACAAGCUAAAGUUUAAAUUUCGAGAUGCCUUCAGAGACACAAACUCACCCUAUGUGGAUGCUACGACGCACAACAGCGGUGCUCGAUUGGACUACAUCUUCUUGGAAAGGGGAGAGGAACGGCAGCAGCCGAUCACCCAAGGCUUCCGCACGAUGCAGUCAUGGAUUUGGAGAAAUGCAGGAGGCGGCUCCGAUCACUACCCGAUCCUGGCUGACGUGGAACUUCUGGGCUGA